AUGGCGACAGGGGUUCUUCCAGGCCGGCCGGCCGGCCGCCACUUCCUGCCGCAGGUGGGCGCGAUUGUCCGGCCGGCCCGGUUCCUUCAGGGCAGGAGCACCGGAAACGCGUCACUAGAGUGCUCCCAAGGCCCGCCUCCCGCGCGGCGGAAGGCAGGUGGGGAGGGUGUCGCUUCCCAUUCCCCGCCCGCCCCCCAGCCAGGAGGCCAGGCGGCGGCAGCGGCGGCGGCGCCCCCUUUGAGGCCGUCGCUUUGGACGAGCGGCGAUUCGAUGGUGAUGCCGAGGGAAUCCUCCGAUGAAGGCGAGGCGGGACCCUUGGUGGGGCUUCACCGGGUCUCCUGCGGGCUCGUUGUCCCUCCCUCAUCGGCCGCCCGUCGCCCCCUUUCCCCCCCUCCGUUCCCCGCAGGGUUCUGGCUCCUCUGGACGGUGCUGAUCCUCUUCAGCUGCUGCUGCGCCUACCGGCACCGCCGCGCCAAACUGCGCUUGCAGCAGCAGCAGCGGCAGCGGGAGAUCAACCUCAUCGCCUACCACGGUGCCUGCAACUACCCGCCGUCCAUGAUGGACCUCAGGAUGCUGGCUUCCUUCAAGCUCCCUGCCUAUGAGGAGGUGGCCCACCGCCCAACCACGCCGCCACCCCCCUACAGUGCCAUCCUUGGGGGUUCCGCCAGCCACCUGGGCUCCAGCACCUUGACCCUGACGGGCAGCUCGGACAACUACACCAGCUGCUCCUGUGACUCGAGCUGCCUGACGUCGCCGAGCAGCACCUCCCUCUCAGCCACGGAGGCCAGCACGCCCAGCGAGGGGGAGACCGAGAUGGAUGGGGCCACAGGUGGCUGUAGCAGCAGCACAGCAGGCAGUUGGGAGCUAGCGGUCCAGGCUGGGGCAGAUCCUGCAACCCCACGCCUCAGGCAUGCCCUCUUCUCCUCCGAUGUGGAGUUGUUUGAAGGGGAACCGCGACGGGUCUCUGACAGCGACGACGGGACAGAGAUUGUGGAUGAAGGCGAGCACUUUCGGCACCGCCGCCUGACAGGGGACUCCGGGAUUGAGGUGGGGCGUGGCCAGGAGGAAGAAGAAGUGGAGGAAGCCACCCACCUGCUUGAGAAGGGGGGUCCCUGUUCUCCAUCGGUUCCUGAAUCCCAGAGUCUGUGCGGGGUGCAGACUGAAGGGGACCCCGAAGAACUGGCCUCCUCACCUACGUUGCCUGUCUGAAGGGAGGGGGCUGCCCUGCUUGGCCAAUGGCCCCCUUCCCGCUUCUUGGGACUGAGACUGGGGCAGCCCUGAGUCAUGGGCAAGGCCCUCCGCCCCUGCAGUUCACUGUGGAGAAUUACCGCCUUAGCACCAACACUGCCCUCUGCCAGAUCUCACGCUGUGUCUCUCUUGCCCCCAGGCGCUGUCUAGACAAUGUAGCACUGGCCCUCUCCAGCUUUGUGACCAAAGGCCUGCUCUUCCUGUGACUCCAGUGCCAGCAUAAGGGCCUCCUGUGGACCUGUGAUCCCCCCCUUAUGCACCGUGUGCUUGGGAGGGGAUGCGUGCAGGGCUGCCGACUGGGCUGUAACUUCUGUAGCAGCUCUGUGUGUGUGUGUGUGUGUGCGUGCGCAUGCACACAUGUGUGUCUCACUGCGCUCUAUAGCCUUUGUUACGAGGAGCAUCUCUUCCCACAGGGGCUGACUGAACGUUUGCACCGGGCUUGAGAUUGGCUGGGUGCAGAAUGGAGAUAAUUCCUGGGACGGUGACUCCCUGGGCUGGCCAGGCAGGGCACAGGAGUUGGCCUUUCUCCUUCAAGCUGCUUGAGUCGGCCCGUGCUUGGUAGCUUUUGGAGUAGAGAGGUUGUCCCCCUUCCCCAGGGCCCAGCGGUGCGUGCUUACUAUUAAAGAAAUGUGAAAUUCCUGCUAUGGAGGCUCUUGUUAUGCUGGGGGAGGGGCUGAGCUGCAUCCAGGGUGGGUGUAGGAUUAUUGGUGGAGGGGCCCUGGGAAGUGCGAGGUGGGGGGUGGCUAGAAGGUUGGCUGCCAUGUGCCUCCUUAGUCUGUGCCCCUGCAAACAAGCUGCUCGUGCUUUCUGAGCUGCCCCACCUCACCUCACCUGCGCCAUAGUCACUUUCUUGCUUCAGGGGAAAGGAAACAAGUCAGGCUUCCAAGCUCAGGUUCUCCCUAAAGCUGAGUUGCACAGUUUUUUUUUCUUCAGUGCAGUUUGUUUUAUGAGGCAUCGAAAGCAAAUUCACCCCAGUUUCUGGUUAAUUUUUAGUGAGAGUUCAGUCCUGAUUUGAGCUAGAGUAUUUGGGAUGAACUGAAUUUUAGGAAAAAUGGAAGGCAGUACGAAAAGAGGGAGACCUAAUAGGAGAUAGGUUGGCCCAGUGAAGGAAUCCAUAGUCUUUGGCAAGACCUGCUGAAGUCUUGUGAUGAAUGAUAGGACCUUCUGAAAAUCAUUGGCUACAGUCUCGUUUAUAUUACCUAUUGCAGUAAAUUGAAAGUGACAUGACAGAACCCAA